UUUUAAAGGAAAAUGGUGACUCCGUAGGCUCCGUGCAGUGGUGACGUGACACUCGCCUCGGUUCCUUGGCUGGGGGAAUGGAGAUGAGGGAGCUGGUGGGACCGGCUGGGCUCUAGUCAGCGGCUUCCGAGGGCGGCUCUGAGGGUCGAGACUAGCCGUUGCGCGGCCCUCGCAGUAGAGCCAGGGCGCCGCUGCAGAGGCGAAACUCUUCUGUUCCCGAUUGCAUUUGAAUUGUUGUCACAGCUGCCAAAAUGGUUUUAGCAGAUCUUGGGAGAAAAAUAACCUCAGCGUUGCGCUCUCUGAGCAAUGCUACAAUUAUCAAUGAAGAGGUUUUAAAUGCUAUGUUAAAAGAAGUAUGUACGGCAUUGUUGGAAGCUGAUGUCAACAUCAAGUUAGUAAAACAACUGAGAGAAAAUGUCAAAUCUGCUAUCGAUCUUGAAGAGAUGGCUUCUGGUCUCAACAAAAGGAAAAUGAUUCAGCAUGCUGUCUUUAAAGAACUGGUUAAGCUUGUAGAUCCAGGAGUCAAAGCCUGGACACCAACGAAAGGAAAACAAAACAUCAUAAUGUUUGUAGGACUACAGGGAAGUGGUAAAACAACAUCAUGUUCUAAGUUGGCAUACUAUUACCAGAGGAAAGGUUGGAAGACGUGUUUGAUAUGUGCAGACACUUACCGAGCAGGUGCUUUUGACCAGUUAAAACAGAAUGCAACAAAAGCAAGGAUUCCAUUUUAUGGGAGUUACACAGAAAUGGACCCUGUCAUUAUUGCAUCAGAAGGUGUCGACAAGUUUAAGAAUGAAAAUUUUGAAAUAAUAAUUGUUGAUACAAGCGGCCGCCACAAGCAGGAAGACUCUCUUUUUGAAGAAAUGUUGCAAGUUGCCAAUGCCAUACAACCAGAUAAUAUUGUUUAUGUGAUGGAUGCCUCUAUUGGUCAAGCCUGUGAAGCUCAAGCAAAGGCCUUCAAAGAUAAAGUGGAUGUUGCUUCUGUGAUUGUGACAAAACUUGAUGGUCAUGCAAAGGGAGGUGGCGCACUCAGUGCAGUUGCUGCCACUAAAAGUCCAAUAAUUUUUAUUGGUACUGGAGAGCACAUAGAUGACUUCGAACCUUUUAAAACGCAACCUUUUAUCAGCAAACUUCUUGGCAUGGGAGAUAUUGAAGGAUUGAUAGAUAAAGUAAAUGAAUUGAAAUUAGAUGACAAUGAGGCACUCAUAGAGAAAUUAAAACAUGGUCAAUUUACAUUGAGAGACAUGUAUGAACAGUUCCAAAACAUCAUGAAAAUGGGACCCUUCAGUCAAAUCUUGGGUAUGAUCCCUGGUUUUGGAACAGAUUUUAUGAGUAAAGGCAAUGAACAAGAAUCUAUGGCAAGACUAAAAAAAUUGAUGACUAUAAUGGACAGUAUGAAUGAUCAAGAACUCGAUAGUACAGAUGGGGCCAAAGUGUUCAGUAAACAACCAGGAAGAAUACAGAGAGUAGCAAGAGGUUCUGGUGUUUCAACUAGAGAUGUUCAAGAACUCCUGACACAGUACACAAAAUUUGCACAAAUGGUGAAAAAGAUGGGAGGCAUCAAAGGACUCUUCAAAGGAGGCGAUAUGUCAAAGAACGUUAACCCAUCCCAGAUGGCAAAAUUGAACCAACAGAUGGCAAAGAUGAUGGAUCCCAGAGUUCUUCAUCACAUGGGUGGCAUGGCAGGAUUACAGUCAAUGAUGCGACAGUUUCAACAGGGUGCUGCUGGAAACAUGAAAGGCAUGAUGGGAUUCAAUAAUAUGUAAAAAAAGCCUUAAUAAACUGACUUGAUUACCCAUAUUUGCUGGAACACCACUAAAAGAAUGAAUCUCCUUCUUGCAGUGGAGGAGAGUAUUAAUGCAGCAAGCGAUACUUCUGAAACUUUAAUUCUAAGAGUUUCUAGAUUUGUUUCUAGAAAGUGGUUAUAUUUUUGCUUAAAUUAGUUCCUUUCUGUUUAAUUUUGAUGUUACAUGAAGAGUUCUUAAGUUAAAAUUUAAAUCAUGUACAAAACUAAUAUUUAGAGGAACUUUUUAAUUGCCUCAAAUGGCAGCCGUUAUAUUUGUAAACAAUCCAGAUCUUUGGUUAAUGCCAAUAUGUCACAAAUAUACUGUAAAAUAAACUUGUGGUUGUAAAUGAA